AGAUAAGAUUACACGUGCACGGUGAAGAUGGGCCCGCUGACCACAACCCUAUAAAUACUGCGGUUCGAUAACGUCGCGCAUGUGGCACAACAGUGAAACGCUCGCGACGUGAUGAAAGCUGCGCCAGGUUUGGUUUGUCUUUUGGUGGGCAUCGUGUUGGCCCGGGAGUUACCGCAGCAGGAUCGUUCCCAGCGAGUGCUUCGUGCUCAGAACGUAUGGGAGCGGCUCCAUCGGGAGCCUCCGAUUCGUGGAGGUUCCCCCGCGGCGAGGGCUGGCCCAGUGACGACGAAGUACAUUAUGCAGCGUUUGGAUCACUUUGACCCUCAAAACGUGAACAAGUGGUCGAUGCGUUACAUGGAAAAUGGUGAACACUAUGUGGCCGGUGGACCACUUUUCAUCUACGUCGGCGGUGAGUGGGAAAUCUCCGAGGGAAGCAUCUCCCGCGGUCACGUGUACGAUAUGGCGAGUGAGCUGAAGGGCUACCUGUUCUACACCGAGCAUCGUUUCUACGGCAAGAGCCACCCAACGGUCGACACACGCACUGAUAAACUGAAGUAUUUGAACAUCGAUCAAGCCCUGGCGGAUUUAGCCCACUUUGUGGUGGAGAUGCGCAAGACUAUUCCUGGGGCAGAGAAGUCCGGUGUUAUCAUGAUUGGAGGCUCGUACUCGGCCACGAUGGUGUCCUGGUUCCGGCAGAAGUAUCCCCAUCUCGUGAAUGGAGCGUGGGCCUCAAGUGCACCCGUGUUUGCCAAGGUGGAAUUUACCGAAUACAAGGAAAUUGUGUCUGAAAGUAUCCGACUGGUGGGAGGUCAGAGUUGUGCCGAUCGUAUCGAGAGGGCUAUUAAGCAAACGGAAGAAUUGUUGGAAAAAGGCGAAUACGCGAUGGUCGCUCAACAGUUCAAACUGUGCAGCGACGUGGAUCUGUCCAAGCCGCUCGAUAGCAUGAACUUCUUCAGCAGUCUUUCGGACGAGUUUGCCGGAGUGGUCCAAUAUCACGAUGCCGGAGAUAUUGAGGGUUUGUGCCAGGUCAUUGAAGACUCCACCAUCACGGACGACAUGCAGGCGCUGGCUAGGAUCGUAACGCAAGGGCUGACGUCGACGAACUGCAACAGCUACGGGUACAAGGCAAUGGUUGAUUACUACAAAAAUACCGCCUGGGACCAUGGAGCUUCUCAGAGUUCGAUGCGCCAGUGGCUAUACCAGACCUGUGCCGAGUACGGAUGGUACCAGAUUUCGGGAUCGCCCAAACAGAUCUUUGGCUCCAACUUCCCGGUCGAACUGUUCGUGAAGCUGUGUGGCGAUCUGUACGAUGGAUUCUUCGAUGAGUCGAGACUCCAGAACAAUGCCGACAGAACGAACGUAAUCUACGGUGGUUGGAAUCCGGAGGUAACGAACGUUUUCUUCACCCACGGUCAGAUAGAUCCCUGGCGUGCAAUGGGAAUCCAGCAGGAUCUAAACGAUCAGUCACCGGCUGUAGUGAUUCCAGGAGCUUCCCACUGUGCCGAUUUGAGCUCCAUAACUCCGCAAGAUUCAGACGAAAUGCGUGCAGCCAAGGAGAAGAUUCUGGAGUUGGUUAAGAAAUGGUUGGCUUAAGAUGUUGGUUUUCCGAUUAAACUCACACUGGGAGUUUGUGUGUGCGUGCGUGCAAACGUGUCACGAAGAAAAACA